UCUUUUCCUUCGAAAAUCGCCCAGAUUAUGUAGUAUAUAUAUAGACAUAAUUUCCUUUCUUUUUUCGGGUCUCUGUCAAAGUUAUAAACAUACCUUCUCUAGGAGGGCUACGAUUGACUCUGCUAAUGGUGUAUAUGUAAUUGUGCAACGGUUACUUUCGAAGGGCUUCUUCUCCAUCGUUUUUAUUUUUCUUGGGGGCAUUGUAUUGUAUUCUUGAGAAAUACAGUAGGAAAAAAUGGAUUGCAGUGGCGAAGGUGUGAUAUGGCAAUGGCAAUGUGAAGAUUAUAACCUCAAAGACAAUGCGUGCAUUGGGGCCGAUGUACCUAAAUGUGUCGGUAGUGAAAAUCAUCUCUCCAACAUUGAUAUGCUCGGCGCGCCUGCUACGCCCGCAAAGUGUUGCGGAGAUUUACCAUACGGCGUAACGAGAAAUGAUGUGUCGAGGAAAGAAUUCGACGAAAUCCGGAAGCCGCCAUCGAAAAAGCGCAGGAUGCUGAACUUCGAGCCUGAAAUCGGCGACGUGGAUCUUUUAAACGACGAAAGUCUUUUAGGAUCGAAGGAGACACUUUUUUGUCUCGAAGAUGGCUUAUCGGAAAUGUCGCAAUGGGUCGCCGGUUUUUCAGAGGACAUAUCCGCGCCUGCCGAUGAUUUUUUCGAUUCGUUGCCGGAAAGCUGGAUUGAUGACUGCUUAAACGAUUUAGAGAUUCCCGACAUUGAAAAUAUCAGCAGCGACGGAUGCGCUUCUGGAGCUUCCGAUGCACAGAUCGACGUUACGGACCUCUCCGGAAACGCUCCUCCCGAACACGAUACUGAAGUUCUUCAAAACGAAUCCGUUCAAACUCCUCGAAAAAUCGUUAUCAAAGGUCCAAAGAACUUCACACCCGGGCCUCGGAAACUCGCCACUUCUUUGAUCGUGUACCCGUUCACCAUCAUCAAACCGUGCAACGGGCUCGGCGUUACAACGCUCAAAGACAUAAACGAGCAAAUUAACGCCCCGACGCCGAAUCACUACAAAGAUGGACGAGAAUCUGGCGAGGCCUACCCGAAAUCGGCGUUCUCGGGGAAACCCGUAGUCGGGAAAACUAAGAUUCGAACGGAAGGUGGAAAAGGUAGCAUAACGAUUGUUCGGACGAAAGGCUAAGCUCCGGCCGGGCGUUUGUUCGUCGUCGAUUCGAGAUUCGAUUUAGAAUUUUUAUUUUAUUUUUUAUUUUUGAAAUUUCAUAUAUGCACACACUCACGCAUCCGACAGAGAUCGAAGUUGUAAGAGUUCAACAUGCUUGAGCUAUAUAUCCUCGGCCUAUGUUUGAUGUUAUAAGAUUUUAUAAAAUUUGUGAAGAACAUGUUUU